GAGAGACAGAGACAGAAAGAGAGAGAAAGACAAACAGAGAGAGAGAGGGAGGGAGGGAGAAAGUGGGCAGGCAGCCCUUGGACUCCGGGCGGGAAGCCGAGGCCUCUCUGCAAGAGACAGAGGCCGAGCCGGGCCCCGCCCGUCCUUCCUUGGGUCCAUCGGUCGGCCGGUGGGUGGUUGGUCUUGCCGGGUCCCGGGGCCAUGCCCCCUCCGCCCCCGAGGCAGCCCCCUCCUCCGGUGGCCACAGGCCGGACCUCACCGAGCCUGCAGCGGCCUUUCCUGCGGAGCGUCCUGGGUGUCCUGCGGGUCCUGCAGCUGCUGGCCGGAGCCGCCUUCUGGGUGACCAUCGCCUCCAGCAGGUACCAGGGCCCCGUGCACUUUGCCCUCUUCGUGUCCGUGCUCUUCUGGCUGCUCACUCUGGCCCUCUACUUCCUCACCCUGCUGGGCCAGCACCACCUGGUCCCGCUGCUGGGCUCCCACUGGCUGCUGACCAACAUCAUCCACGACCUGCUGGCCUCCGGGCUCUACGGGGCGGCCGCGGGCAUCAUGAUCGAGCAGACGCAGAAGAACAGCUAUUGCAACCUCAAAGACUACCACCUGCCCUGUGCCUAUCAAGCCUUCCUGGCCGCCUCGGUCUGCGGCUGCCUCUGCGUCCUGCUCUACCUGCUGUCCGCCCUGACCGGCUCCUGUCGGAGAUGCCGGGGACGCUCGGACCUGGUGUGACCUGGAGGGGGACCGGGACCGGCCGGGAGGGAGGCCGGAGGACCCAUCUCUCGCUCUCCUGGAGGAGACCCGGCUGCCCCUGCCCCUUGCCCCUUCUCCGAGGCUGUCCCCUCCUCCGCCCUCACCCCUACUUGGACAGACACUCCCUGCCCCUCCUGGGCAUGGCCAGCAGAAUCCAGAGGGACGUCAUCGAUGGAUCGAAGGCCCCCCACUCCAGCCCAGGGCCCACGGACAAGUGCCCGGGAAGCCAGGGAGAUGGGCUUGAAGGCGGCCACCGGGCCCGGAGAAAUGGACUCGUGGAGAUCGGGGUCCGCGGAGAGCCUCGAAGAUGGACCUCGGACCCUUUCCCCAUCCGCUUUCCCGACCGCUUGUCCCUCGGGGCCACCUCUAACUCAGGCCCUGGGCAGGGCCUGCCCUGGGCCGGACACGGCGAAGGAGCCCAGGGGGCCUAGCCCGAGGCCUCCAAAGAUCGGACCGUGGGCUGGGAAGCCGGGUCUCUGGGAGAGCUGCCCCCGACAGGCCGCCCCGACCUCGCCCCGGCGGGGAGAGACCCCCAUCUGGAGAGGGCAGGCCCUUCCGGAGACCGGCAGUCCAGAGAGCCGCUCGAGAACGCCUGGGGUAACCACCGGCCGCAGCCACGGGCCCCCGACCCUCCCGGAGCCACAGUUCGGGCCUGGGACGUUUCUGGGGAAGCUCGGGAACCUGGCCGAGGCAGCCCACUCUUUAAUAGGAAUAAUAAUAAUCGUGGUAUUUGUUAAGUGCUUACUAUGUGCCAGGCACAGUACCACGCCCUGGGAUAGG